GAGCUUCUCAUUGCACGCGGUGAUUAUUAUUGCAUUGGAUUCCAAGCCAAUGGGAGCUGAGGGGGUGGGGUUUGGCACGACGAAGCGUUGGAUACAGCCUGUGAUUGGUCCAAAAAAUGACUGUGAAAGGAUAAAGAGGCGCGAGGCGGAAUUGGGGUCCGCUCUAAGCUGCAGCAGGAGAAAGUGUGUAAGAGUGGGGAGACACUUCAGUUGCAUGGCCCCGGUUCGUACAUGUCUCUUUCCUCUCUUUGGGGCUCUGCAUCCAAGGGAAAACGAGACGGGACUAAAUAUAUUUAUUGCACCAGUCACCGCUCUUCUUACCAGGAAGACACACAUUUAUUAAUACUACUUGGUUGUAUGAGCGGGGCGUUUUUUUUCCUCUAAUCCCUUGCAAAUCGCUGAAAAACAACCGAACAAACUUCUGAUUCCUCUACCACGAGUCCUGCAAGAUUUUUUUUUAAUUAUUGGUGGGAUUUUUGUUUUGCGGGAGGUAGGAUUUUUCCCCCUCGGGUGUUUUGCUUUGCCUUUCAGAGAAACCAGAGAGUUUGAACAGUGGGCGUGCUGCUUUUGCUGAAGCACCUCGAGCACAGAAAGAGUGAAAAAAAAGCACUUGUGAACUCCGGGGUUGGGGAAGAGGUUAGAAGAAGAAGAAAAAGGAGAACUCGGAUUGGCGGUCGGUUAAAAAAAAAAAAAAAGGAAACUGUUUCCACUUUGAGCCGGGCUCCAGCAGUUAGAUUCCCGGUGCAAAGUUGGGAUAAAGACGUGCAAGCGAGUGCCGGAGAGAGAAAAAAAAACGGUGUGUGGAGCUACAACUACUACUACCCAGAGGGGGACCGUGCCUUAGUAACAAGAGCGAGCGGAGCGUUUGCAAAAGGCGGCCGAGUGGCUGGGAAAAGUUGCGUGCCUUGUCUCAAGCCGGUGCCAAACUGAGCCCCGCCGAUCUCCCCACAGUCGCCGCCGCCGCCGCGUGCGAGCCCCAGAGAUGGUGCAGCAGACGAACAACGCGGAGAACACGGAAGCGCUUCUGGCCGGCGAGAACUCGGACUCAGGAGCCGGCAUCGAGCUGGGCAUCGCCUCCUCUCCCACGCCGGGCUCGACCGCUUCGACGGGGGGCAAAGCGGACGACCCGAGCUGGUGCAAGACGCCCAGCGGGCACAUCAAGCGUCCCAUGAACGCCUUCAUGGUGUGGUCUCAGAUCGAGCGGCGGAAGAUCAUGGAGCAGUCGCCGGACAUGCACAACGCCGAGAUCUCCAAGCGCCUGGGCAAGCGCUGGAAGCUGCUCAAGGACAGCGACAAGAUCCCGUUCAUCCGGGAGGCGGAGCGGCUGCGCCUCAAGCACAUGGCCGACUACCCCGAUUACAAGUACCGGCCCAGGAAGAAGGUAAAAUCGGGCACGAACUCAGGCAAGCCGGGCGAGAAGAGCAGCGGCGGCAGCCACGCCGCCCCCGCGGCAGCCGCCAACUCUUCCAAACUCGCCCUAAAGAAGGGCAGCGCCGCCAAACUCUCCCCCAGUGGCGCCGGCAAGCCGCAUCCCAAGCUGAGCCUGAGUGGCUGCGGCGCCAGCAGCAAAGGCUCGCCUCCGUUCCCGGCGUCAGAGCAGCCGGCCGCCCUCUUGCCCCCGGAGCACCACUCGCUGUACAAAUCCCGCGCCGCCUCGCCGGGCUCCUCCUCGCCCUCGAGCGGCAAACACCUCCCCGAGAAGAAGGCCAAGCGGCUCUACCUCUUCUCCCACGCGUCCCCCGGAGGCGCCGUGCCUGCCAGCCCCACGCUCAGCACGACUUCCACGGAAGCCAGCGACCCGCUCAGCCUCUACGACGAGGCGGGAGCCGCUGCAGGGGCCGGCGGCCACCCCCACCCCCACGACGCCGUCGGAGGAGCCGAGCCCGCCGUCUCCCCCCCGGGCGCCUGCUCGCCGUCCGACCACCGCAGCUACACCAGCCUGAGGGCGCCCUCGCCGGCGCCCUCCACCUCGCACUCGUCGGCGUCGUCGUCGGGCUCCUCCUGCGCUUCCUCCUCCUCGGACGACGAGUUCGAAGACGACCUGUUGGACCUCAACCCCAGCCCGGGCUUCGACAGCAUGGCCCUGGGCAGCCUCGGCUCCUCCUCGGUCCUCGACAGGGACCUGGAUUUUCACUUGGAAGCCGGCUCGGGCUCCCACUUCGAGUUCCCGGACUAUUGCACGCCCGAGGUAAGUGAGAUGAUCUCGGGGGACUGGCUCGAGUCCAGCAUUUCCAACCUGGUUUUCACAUACUGAAAAGGGGGGAACGUCGGCAAGAAGAAAAGAAAUGCAUUUGGGGGCGGCGGCGGAGAGAGAAGGAAGACCAACCCCCCUUUCCCCGCGCUACAGACUGAGGAGCGAAAAUGUCCGCGGUUGCUCCCUCUUUGGCUUCCUUCAUGAAACUGACUUCGGGGGGGGGGGGUGUUCGUUUGUUUUGGGUCCCCCCUCCAAAAAAAAAACACGUUAAGAUGACAAAAAGGGAUCGACCCCCCCUUUUUAUAA